CGGUGGGCUAGAUUUUUUUGAAGCUCAACGGCGUCUCUGGCUACGAAUACUGUUCGUCAGCUGCGUUUACUCCUUGUAGACGGCAGAAAUGGCUCUGUUCCCGCUGCUCUACCGAGACUCCUGGGGCCCGUCGGAGCUGGCGCGUCGCUUAUUCAACGACGACUUCGGCCAAAUCCUGCUCGACGGUGAGUUGUUCGAACCGCCGUUCUUCCAUCAGCGGUUCUACGUGGUACCUUCGAACCGCGGGAGUUCGGACGCGAGCCAGACGUCGGCCCAACAGGGUUCGGCGGUCGCCUGCACUCCGGACAAGUUCGCCAUCAACGUCGACACCCGGCACUUCGCUCCCGAAGAGAUCACCGUCAAGACUCAGGACAACUGCGUCGUGAUCCACGGCAAGCACGAAGAGAAGUCCGACGACCGCGGCUGCUACAUCAAGCGCGAGUUCACCCGACGCUACGUGCUGCCCGAAGACGUCGACCCCGAGACGGUCAAGUGCCAGCUCAAUCCGUCGGGCUACCUUUCCCUCGAAGCUCCGCGCAAGAACGGACCCAAGAAAGUGGAGGACGCCAACAAGCCCAUCCCCAUCGAAGUCAGUCAUGAAUCCAGUGCGGGCGGGGACAAGAAGUCGGCGUAAAACAGAAGAAACUUCCUCGACUCGAGUCGUUUUCUUGGGUGCGUUUCUUUCCGUGCAUGUCACGAACGUUAAUGCGGAGGUGGCGCCAUCCGUGAAAGAAUCUGGCAGCUCGCUUUCACCAGUUUUUCUCAGAUUUUCGCCAAAGGAGGAACUGAACUUCAUGUGCUGAUCAAAUUAGACGUGCAGGGGAUACACGAGUGGUUGCAUGGAUCUUUAGCAUCAUGCUAGUGCAUGCUUAACCAUACAUAUGACUUAUAUUAAGAAUGAAAGAAGAUGCGAGCAUGCAGGCCGGUGUUCGCACUCAAAGCAGCACGUGCGAUAUAAAUAAAGUGUCUGUUGUCUUCCCAAGCUUGUUACUUGUUAUGGUUCAUGUAAUACGUACUUUUGUUGUUCCUAAUAAAGUUUAUUCUCAAAGUUA